AUGGAAUUGUUUGCUAAUAAAUCUCAAAAUAAAGAAAAUAGUAACCCGGUAUUAGUACCUAGUCUAUAUGAAAUAAUGUAAAAAGAAGGAAUCUUUGCUAAAACAAAUACAUCAAUACAUUCUCAUCAUAGAUUUUACUAUAGAAAAUAAAUGCAAUCUAUUGUAUAAUCAAAUCAGAAUGCUAUUAUUGGUCAUUCAAGUAGUUCCAAAUCAAUUCAUAAGGAUAUUGAAAAGAUUGCUAAAUAAUUAUAAUCUUAACAAAUUUAAACAAUUACUUAAUUCAACUUUACUUAACCUUUAAAAGAAAGAUAUCCAACUCAAUAUUCUCAUCCUUCUAAUACUUAAAUUAGUGAAGUAUUGGAAUUGUUUGAGAAAGAAAAUUUAAUGAAAAUAUAAUAGAUUAAACCAAGUACUCCAAGAAGAUUAUAUACCCCAUAAGUUAAUUUUAAAUUACCUACUUUAAUUGAUGAAAAUAAGAGUAGAGAUUAAGAUAAUAGUGAAAAGACAACUUCUCUUUUGAAAAAUAAGCCAUUAUUCAGAAGAUUUAUCAAUCCUUCUUUAGAUAAAAUUAAAAAAAUAAAUUAACCACCAGCAAUAGUUGAAGUUAGACAUAAAAGAAUAGCUUCUUAGAUUUUAAAUAACCCUAUAAAUUAAAACUAAUAAAAAACUAUCAAAGAUAGAAUUAACAAAGUCCUAUAAAAUUCACAUAAAAUUAUAUCUAUUUGCCAUAAAAUACCAGAAAUAUAACAACAGAUAGCUGAAGAACAACUAUUAAAUUUAAUUAAUUCUGAUCAUUUUAAAAUUGAAUUUCAACAUUUAAUCAAUAAUUCACAAAGCUGUAAUACAAAUAUGGAACUUAUUUUAUAAAAUUUUAUGAUUGAUCAAAUCAAAAAAAUGAAAGAGUUAUAGGAAGCUGAAAAUAAUUUAGAAUGUAACGUAUUUCAUUUAAUUACAUAGAAAAAAAAUAAAAUUUUUCAAGGUUGCUAUCCAGUUAUAUACAAGAACUCAAAGACAAAUUAUGA